UGAUUGUAGUAGUGGAGUGCGAAGGGAGCGUGCUACCGUGCGUUCCACUAUUUAUAAUCAAAUGGGCUGCGCUAGUGUGCGUGUGUGCACACGUUAUGCACCGCACCAACACAGGGGGACGCGUCGAGCGAGGCAAUGAUGUGCACGAAGUAUUAUCCCUUAUUACACGAUUUGCUUCCGUGCCGGCCGCACGUGCAAUAGUCGUCUGUCGACCUCUUUUGUAGAGCGGCGUGCGAAGUCAGUUUGUUUACAUCGGUUAGCCGCAGCGAUGCAUAGUGCGUUAGUUAGCGCGAUUGUGUCAUCGACCGUGCGCUGGUUACACCUAAAUUGCGAGUGAUUUACGGACAAUGUACCGCACGAGUUUUUUGCGGCCAAAACUUUUUGUGAUCUUGUGAACUUUUGAGGUCGGAACUUUACCUGUGAUCUCAUUAUCGCCAAAUUGAACUGUGUUUAUUUUUAUUUCGGACUCUGUGCCAUUUGGUGUGUCAAAGUGAACUUUUUGAGUGAUAUUUUCGCAAAAUUGACUUUCGAGAAAUUUUCGACGAGAAAACUUUUCUACCACUUGAAACUUUUUCUGAUUUACCCGAGAGAGAAUUUUUGAGGAAGUAAAAUUUUUGGAGAACGGUGUUCGGAAAUUGAAGGAAAAAUUUUUUGAUUCAAUUUUUCAAUAAAAACGAAGAAGUGGAUCUAAAAGCGGAGGAGAACUUAACACAAACAGGCACACAGCAUUUAUGCAUAACAAACAAACAGCGAUCUGUCCACGCUUCUUCCGUAGAAAAAGACUUUGCGAGAGACAAAGAUGGCUAUAGCAUUCAACUUGCCGAGUGAGAGAGAGGCAUCAGAGGAGAACUUUUCGCGGCUGAACCGGCUUCUAGCCGAGCUGUACGAAGUUCUGUGCCACAUCUUGGUAUCGCGACAGCCUGGCCAAGAAGUCCAGGACAAUAGGCGAGAACGACCUUACUCCGAAUCAGACAUACCCCAACCAGCACCACAAACCCAGCAGUGCAGAAGAUCAGCAUCAUCACCCCCCCUCACUCUAACCCUGGAUUCAGACUUAGAAGAUGAUGUCUUCGCCCCAAGAUCUGAUCGAACGAACGACCUUUUUGCCACUAGGAACCUGGACAUCUUCGGUUAUGGGAGUCCUAGAACGCCAGCAGGAGUUCUUCUGAGUCCCAGAAGAGAGCGAACGUUUACGUUUUCUGUGACGAGUGAGAAGCAUUGGAGGGAUAAGGGGGGGACGGAUGUGGCGGAUGGCGUUAGUAGGGGGGAUGGCAUCAGUGAUACCGAUAGUGAUAGAGAUUUGGAUGAGACGGACGCGCCCUCUACGGAGAAAGCAGCAGAGACUUCGAUAUUCUCAUCAAUAAUCCCGGACAAGUUAUCCGGGUCUAUCUGCACAGCCGUACUCUUCGUGCUGGGUUGGAAGCUGUUCUCAAACAAGCGGUGAACGCAGGGAGGCAAGAGUAGUGGUAUAUUCUUGGUGGGGAAAUGUUUUAUUGGGAUAUGUGGCGUUAUAUUUUCUUUUCUAUUUAAAAAGCCGGCGCUUUCAUACUGGCAGAUAUUCUCUGCAAAAAUCUGUCGCCAUAACGUCAUUUUUGUACGUUAAGUUGUCAAUUAUUCAAAAAGAGCACUGUCGCAACGCACUUUAUAUAAGAUUUUUUUUUCAAAUGAUUUUUUUUUUUCAAAUUAUGAGUUCACUUUCGUAAGGCGAUUAUCACACUGCCCCGCAUGAUGCAGCGUAGUGCGUGGAUGCGUUUUUUUCCGUUGUAUGGAAAUAUCUCCGUUUGUAUGGAAAACACGCAUAGUCCAACACACUGAAAAUGCAUCCACGCGCGUUCAUGCGGAUCACGCACAUACAUGCGGAGAAACACGCACCCCCGCGCGUAGGUGCGGGGCGAAACGCAAGGUAUGGCACACUGAUCCCGCAGUGACGCGCGUGAUUUUGAAUGGGCGUGACGUGUAUAUUUGAAAAUGGAACUCGAUAAGAGCCGCUGUGCGUGAAUUUACAAAACGCACCUACGCGCGUGAGUGCGUGAAAAACCCGCACGAUGAUGCAGAUCUGCACUCCCGCAAGAACGCGCGUAGGUGCGUCGACACGCAAGAUGCAGCGUGAUGCGGGGCAGUGUGAAGAUCACUUUAUAGUCUUUUUUAAUCACAAUUUAGUGACAAAAUAUGAAAGAAUAUUUAAUAAACUUCAAUUUUAUAAUUAUCAUAUUUACGGCCACAUAUGUCAAUAAAACAUUUCCUCUCAUAAUAUUCUUAAGCGUACGACGAAUAAAUGAGCGUUAUUCUCUGCGCUACGCUUUUUGUAUUUGUACAUUUAUUGAGGAUUAUUAAAAUAAUCCAAAUUUUGUAUAAUUAUUAUUAUUAGACGUAAUAAUACACGGCUUUAAUGUAAAGUUGUGUGUUUGUGUAUCGUCUGUCGAACGCACACAUGUAUAUUAAAAUUAUAUAUUAAUACGUAGUGAUAUUUAUAAAUUUAAAUGUUUGGUCCAUGGCAAAAUAUAGACUUGCUGCUACUUUUUUAUAAAAAAAAACUCUGUAGUAAAAAAAACUGAUUUUAAAAAUUUCGUUUUUAGUGAGAGAACAUAUUUUUGUAAAUCAAAAUAUUGUUUGUAAAAAAACAACAGAAAAUUGCAAAAAAAAAACAUGUUAGACACUUUUUCACGAUGUUAUAACUGUUUUUCAGGUUAAGACAUUAUAAUCAAUUUUCAAUUAGCAAAAAAAAUGCACAAAAUUAAUAUAAAUAUUGCUGUUGUAGAAAAAACACGUUUGGAAAUAAUUCUAAAAUUAAAUUAAUUAUGUUGAAAAUAACCGUAUAAUAUAAAAAAAAAGUUUACUCAAAGUUUUAAAGUGUGUCAAUUUACAUUCCGCUUUCGAUGUUGAUAUAAUCCGUAAAUAUUUCAUAACUAUACCUAGUUAUAAUAAACAUACUUAUUUAAGGAAUUUCGAAGUAUUCAGAAGAAUGGACCAGCGAUGUUAUAGAAAAAUAGAUUUUAUUUAAAACAUUAAUAAAGUCCGUUUUCCCAUAAAUUGUUCCAAAGAGAGCAGCCUAAAAAUUAUUAUCGAUUGAUCUCAUUUUUUUAUUUUUUUGUGUAAUAAAAAUGUUUAUUUUAAAUAUUGUAGCGUUAAACCAUUGUGGUGAGUGCCAAGUUAUUUCAAUGGAGAUUUUAUAAGAUGGUAUAUUUUGAUAAUUAAUUAUCAUUAAUUGUAUAUAAGUUAGUUAAGAAUGAUUGAUAAGCUCUGUCACGUCUGAUCGUCAAGCAAUUUGUUAAAAUCUAUUCAAUUAUUUGGAAUGAUAAAGACAUAUUGUUUUAAAUCAAUUUGUAAUUAAAUUGAUGCAAAAUUGAUGGGUUGUUUACGAUUCGGAUUUUGUAAGCUAGUUAAAUUAGUUAAGUAUUUGAACACAUUGACUAGGCAAAAGUAAAAAAAAAACAUCGAAUAACGAAAUUUUUUUUUUUUUAACUAAGUACUGAUGUCGAUAAAAAAAUGGACAGUGGUAUUUUUCGAAGGAAAAAAGUAUGACAUGAGCAGUAUAUCGAUAUUUUUAGCUUUUACGCAUUAAUAGUUUUGUAAAUAAGAAUACUCCAAUAGUUCUGCUAGAUGAUAACUCAUACCUACUUUUAAGUUAAAAACGAGGCUUCGAUAAAAACAAAAGAAAACAGUUUUUGAUCUAUCCAAAAACGGUAAAAGUUUUAUUUUUGUUUUGUAUACAAAAAUGGGAACAAAAACAUUAUUGGGAACAAUUCGUAAAUUACUUUUUUUGACGCCAUUUUUUUUAUUUCAAUAAUUUUAUUUUAAGAUAACAAAAUAUACGGAAGAAUUUGUUCAAAUGUGAUAUGUAUUUAUUUAAGGAAACGAUUAAAGUAAAAACAAGUUUUCCUAAUGAUCUCUUGGAAACUCUUAUCUGCUGAUCAUAUUUUCGAUUUUUGUUGACAAAUAUCUAAAAAGAAAGUCUAAUAAAUUAUUUUUCCUUUUAAUAAAUCAAAAGGUAAAUUACAUACGUGGUGUUAGUGAAAACCAAAGUAUUUUGAAACGUUAUUUGUCAACAAAAAAUCUGAAAAUCAAACAGAAAAAAUGCAUUUAAGAGUUCUGUACAUAAAUUAAAAUUGGUAUGCUUAAUGCUCCUUUUGUAAGAAUAUAAUCUGUAGUUGCGAAAAUUUCUAAAUUUCCAUAAUGAUAAUGCUUAACAUGAAAACAACAAAAUUUGUAUGGAAGAUGCAAAAAUAUAAUUAUUUUUAUUAUAGUAGCACAAUAAGGG